GCACCAACGAUCGCAUUCGAGACAAAAUCGUCUUGAUUUUUCACCGCGCCUUGAUCAGUGAUCAUAGGCCCCAUUCGGAGGCGUGAAAACAGCGGCCAGUCUCUAAUUUGGCGGGCAUCACGGACACAACACCAAAUCCUAUCUCAUCACCUACCCACCCACCCGCCCAUAACAACAUAAUGUUCGACCUCCCAGAAGCAAAGCGCGUGAGGCGGCAGGAUCUGCGUGACCCGUCGUCGGACGAGGAUGAUGUUGUGGCGGACCGAGACGCAGCCGCCCGCUCGAGGCUCGGCGAGCGCCUGGCCGACAUGUUUUCCAUGGACUUGUUCGGGGCCAGCUCCGCGGGCGAGAGUCCGUCCGGCGGGGGUGGGCCGAACGGCGACGACGACGCUGCAGAUGCGCGGGAGGCUGAUGGUGGCGGUGGUGCCUUUGAGUUCCGCCUCUUUUCCACCGGCGGCGCCGCUACGGUUGUCCUCGACCCCGAGGAGGAUGGGGCCGACGGGGGAGGGGAGGGGGGUAUUGCCUCGGCGAGGCCGGCCUCUUUCUACUUGAGGGGGGAGCUGAGUCCGGAAGAGUGUUCGAGGUUCCGGCGUGCCGCGGUCGGCUACGGCGACGUGCUGAGAGCGGCUGGGCAGAGGGCCUGGGGGCUGGAGGUUCCCUGGAAGGUCACGCAUAUCACGGUCAAGUCCGGGAGACGGCCCGGCAAUGCGUCCGCGGAGGUCCAGGUUAGUGACGGGAAGGUCCAGUGCCCUGCAGAGGACCCGCGGAGGAGGAAGCGGCCCGGGAAGAAGCGGAGGAUAGCGUUGAGGACUAAGGAGAAGGCCAGGAGGGAGAGAGAGGAGGUGCUGGAGAAGAAGAAGGUGUCCAAGGAGGAGCAUCUGAGGGAGAAGAAGAAGCGGCUGAACAGGGAAAAGAAGCUGAAGCGGAAGAAGAAGGAAAAGGAGAAGAAGCUCAUCACCAAGGAGGAGGCCGGGGCUGGAGUCCAGGGAGACGCAUCUUCCACUGGCUCUGAUACGGUAGAAUAGGGAGGUUUAGUAGCAAAACUCACUUUGGCAUAAAUUUGACAUGAUAUCCA